AGUGCGCGUGGGGUAUUGUGGGUGUUGUUAAGAAGGUAGGCAAGAGGCAACAACAUUACUGGGCUGUUGUACUAAAGUACAGAGUGUUUUGGUCUGGCUCAUUAUGUCUGUGUUUCUGCCAACCACAUCCAAAAGCCUGACAUCAACUCCACUGAAAAGCAAAGACAAAGGUAUUUACAGGAGCAAAAGUGUGGAGUAUGACUCCACCGAUGAUUCCACCUACUCGUUGUUGUCGCCAAUUUACCACGAUAGUUUUGAGGGUUCAGAUGAUGACCCUGAGGUGGAACAACUGCAGAAGAGGCUGAACAGCCUGGCAGCAUCAACUGAGGAUAUCAGACACCCUUCUCCGCAGAGGAAUGGGAAAUUGCACAUUCAAAGGAAAGUUGCAGAGGUAAAGCUGGAGAAAUCCUCUGUUUCACUGCACAACCUAAGUGCCUGGGAACAGUGGCUUGUCACCAAAGCAAAAGAAGAACGUCUCAAAUUAGAACAGAAAGCUCUGGAGGAGCGCACUCUUAAAGAGAAGAAGGAACAGACUGAAAAGGAAAAGAGGCGAAAGAGAAUACAGACAGAGAACAAAAUACAGGAUUGGCUGAAAAUGAAAAGAGAAAUGGAAAAACAUGAAAAGGAGUGCAAGGAACGUCAAAAACAAGAGGAGGUGGAAAGAGAAAAACAGAAGCGGAGAGAAUUUGAACUCAAAGCACAAGAGAAAUAUAAGGAGUGGUUGCUCAAGAAGAAAGAAGAGGAAAAUGAGAGAAAACAAAGAGAACAGGAAGAGGCAGCAUUGAAAGAGGUGGAGGAGAAGGAGAGGAGGAGGAGAGCAGAGGACACAUUUCAGGAGUGGCUCAGAGCGCAGAACAGAAACCGAGUAAAGUGCAACACGCCCUCCCCUCAAGGCUAUGACAACCUGAACUAUCCAGCUCCCAGUUUCUACAACCCCAUUCCAUGGAAGCCCAUACCUGUUCCACCUCCAGAGAAGGCUCCCCGGAAGAGAACCCAACGUGGCAAACCGCUAGGACCACCCAGGCACCAGUCCUCCUCUCCAUGUCUGACAUUCCGGUACAAAGACACUCUGAGCUUUGCCAGCAAGAGGCGAUGACACAAAAAGGAUGCCUCUCCUCCACAAGACUGCUCUCUGGUGGUUCAGAGGAGAACUCAGACUUUCCAUGAAGAGAUCCACCGGCACAACUGAAGGCACAGUACGAGUUAGGGCUGAAGAAGAAGUGUGGAAAUUGACAGUGGUUGUAUUGGUUUUCAGGGUGCUGUCCUGAAAGCUUCCCCCAGGUUUGAGAUAAUUCCGGUGUUUGAAUUGUAAAUUAUAAAUCAGGUUAGUGGACAUGAAAUUGUUAGUUAACAGCCAGUUAAUUGUUAAUUGACUAUUGAAUGAGAGGCCGUGUCUAAAGGUCUUGUUUUGGACAAAAAGAACAGACGUUUAAUUUUGUUGACCAUGCAUAUUUUUCUGUAGAAUUCAUAUUAGUUUGCAUUCAGUUGUAUAUGUUGUCACAUUUUUACAUUUUUUUUAUUUUGAAUACCUUGUUUUACACAACUGUUUAAAAAAAAGAAAUUUUAAACAAUAGAGAUGAAAUAAAGAAGUUUAACAAGCAGUACUAACCUGUUCCAUGAAUAUUCUCUGA